GAUUCUUUAUGGGGUUUUAGUGCGUGCAUUACAUGCUUGUUUACAUUUUCUAAUUUUGUUCUCACAGUGAAUUUUUCUUUCGUUCUUAAACAUUUUACAAUGUCAAAGAACAGCUCAAAUACCUCCAGUUCUGAACAAGAAGCUUCAGAAGUUUCAGAAGCUUCAGAAGUUACAACGAAAAGACGGAAAUUGGAUCAUGAGGACCUCUAUUUGGCCGACUUACCCAACUCUGAGUCUUAUGAAAAGAGCUACAUGCACAGGGAUACAGUUUCUCAUGUUGUGACAACAAAAACGGAUUUUAUAAUAACAGCAAGCAUCGAUGGCCACAUUAAAUUCUGGAAGAAAAUAGAGGAAGGAAUUGAAUUUGUGAAGCAUUUCCGCAGUCAUUUAGGUGCAAUUACCAGCGUAUCUGUUGACUGCCAAGGAAAUCUCCUGGCCACAGCAUCCAUGGAUAAGAGUAUCAAAGUUUAUGAUGUCCCCAACUUUGACAUGAUCAACAUGAUAAAGGUGGAUUAUGUGCCAAGAUGCACGGAAUGGACGUACUCCGGAUCUGAUGUUAUAUCCAGUUUAAUGGUAACCGAUGCAGACUCCAACCUAAUUUUUGUCUACGACGCUAAAGGUGAUCACAAACUUCUCUAUACCUUUGACAAAUUACACACAGCUCCCGUGAUAAUUUUAAGGUAUAAUCCGGUGUAUGAAGUUGUGAUCUCUGUGGAUGUAAAAGGAAUUUUGGAGUACCGCACUGGACCUAAAGGUGAAUUCACCUUCCCGAGCAAAAUUGUUUCGUUCAACUCAAAGCUAGACACGAGCUUGUUUGAGUUUGCUAAACAAAAAACCAUCGUCUCUAGUUUGGAAUUCUCAGAGGAUGGGAAGAAAUUCGCCACACUCUCCCUUGAUCGAAUGGUCCGGGUAUUUGCCUUCCUCUCGGGACGCUUGCUGCGUGUCUUCGAUGAAUCCUUGGCGAGAUUCUCGGAGCGUCAUCAGGAGCACCCGAGACUGCCAAAUAUGGAAUUUGGUCGUCGAAUGGCCAAUGAGAAGGAUCUUGAAAAAUCAGAUAAACUCUCCCAGGCAAAUGUUAUAUUCGAUCGAAGUGGCCACUUUAUUCUCUACUCAACCAUGCUGGGAAUAAAACUGGUCAACAUUGAUACAAAUAAGUGCGUGAAGAUCCUUGGCAGUAGUGACAACAUUAGGCCAUUGCACAUUUCGCUGUAUCAGGGAAAAAUACGUCGGACUAAGGGAGCAAUUACAUUCGAACAGGAAGCUUCAGAGAAUCCCACACUUCAAUCAAUUGCCAAUGAUUCCACCUUAUUCACAACGGCUUACAAGAAACAACGCUUUUACCUCUAUAGUCGACGUUCUCCACUUUAUGUUCAAAAUAGUGAGCGUGACAUCUUCAAUGAGAAGCCCUCAAAGGAGGACAUUAUUUCCGUAUCUGAUGCUCAGAGCAGCCAGGUCAUCUAUGACAAUGCUACAAUCCACACAACCAUGGGGGAUAUCUAUAUAAAACUCUUUGGCAAUUUAUGCCCCAAAACUGUUGAGAAUUUCUGCACACACAGCAAAAAUGGAUACUACAAUGGUCACAUUUUCCAUCGCAUCAUCAAGGGAUUUAUGAUCCAAACUGGAGACCCAACAGGAACGGGGACGGGUGGAAAAUCCAUUUGGGGUUCAGACUUCCAAGAUGAAUUUGUGGCCACGCUGAAACACGAUAAACCCUACACGGUUAGCAUGGCAAAUGCUGGACCCAAUACAAAUGGGAGUCAGUUCUUUAUAACUGUCCUCCCGACUCCGUGGUUGGACAACAAACACACGGUGUUCGGGCGCGUUCUCAAGGGUAUGGAGAUUGUGCAGAAUAUCUGUAAUGUGAAAACAAGUCCCAAAACGGAUAAACCCUAUGAUGACAUUAAGAUUGUUUCAAUAAAACUACAUUAAAAGACAUUUAUUUCAACAAAUCCUCAAUGAGAUGUUAGAUGGAGAAAUAAAUUGAAGAAAAAAAGAGUUUAAGGAGAAA